GACCGCAGGAUGGACGUCAUGAUGUUGAACUCUUGUCCUGUCAGGUGUUCAUCAUGUCCCUGUUAAUAUUUAACCUACUGAAAGUCACAUCGAGCAAGUAGAUCUCGAAAACAGCCCCUGAAGUGAAUAAAAAACGAGGAUUUAUGUGAGCCCAUGUACCUGAUAAGAGGAUGGCUGCGCUGAGAGCCUCUAAAGGAGCCUUGAGGAAGGAGCUGAAGCGACGCGUCGUUGCGCUGAGCGCUGCAGAGAAGCAGCGACAGUCACGACUGCUUUCAGACAAGCUGUUCAAACAUCCUAAGUAUAUCUCUUCUGAGCGAAUUGCUGUGUUUCUCAGUAUGGAUGAUGAAGUGUGUACUGAGGAAAUCAUCAAAGACAUGUUCAAAAGGGGCAAAAGCUGCUUCAUACCCAGGUAUCAGAGCAACAACUCCCAUAUGGACAUGCUGAAGCUCAGCAGUCUGCAGGACUUGGAGACAUUGCCUCUGACAUCCUGGAACAUCCGUCAGCCAACAGAGGAUUGCAAAAGCAGGGAAGAAGCAUUAUCUUCAGGAGGUCUCGAUCUGAUGUUGAUGCCAGGCCUGGGCUUUGACCUCUUUGGAGGACGUCUUGGAAGAGGAAAAGGCUUUUACGACACCUAUUUAAGACGCUGCAGCAAACACCCUAAAGGAAAGCCUUACACCAUUGCCCUGGCCUUCAAGGAGCAGCUAUGUCAAAAAAUCCCUGUUGACGCUAAUGAUGUCGUUAUAGAUGAAGUCCUGUAUGAGGACCAGUAACCAUUUAGCCACUUAUGUCUAGAUUUUUGAAUCUUAUAUGAUGAAGGCAAAAUUCAUGAUUAAGUUAGCAAAUUCUGUAUAGGAGUAAUUCUGUGCAAAUUUGGCCUUUUUGACCUUGUAGAAAGAACAAUUUUUAAAAAUGUUAAUGAUGGCUUGAUGGUAUGCAGCCAACAGUUGGGAUUAUCCUUUCAUGGAUGACCUUCUAGCUGUGAUGCAUGUGAUGGCAUUAUACUGUUUGACCUUCUAAUCAAAAGGUUAUUGUGGUCAUGAAGCAUUCAGAACAUACUUUAUUCCUCACCCCUACAGAUGUGAAAUAUGAACUUGGUCAAUCUGUUUUCAUGAAACAUGUAUCCUUGUUUGUUUGACAACACUGACCUUUUCAUCAGUCUCUAAUAUCUUCUACUGGAAGUAAUGGCUGCCGGUGCUACAUAAAUUAUUUUAAAACACU